AUGAAUAAAUUCGAUCUUUUUGGAAGUUAAAUAUAAUUUAGAUUUUAAGGUUAAAAAUCAUAUACUACUUCAUUAGGAUUGUUUUUUACUGUUGCAAUAGCAUGUAUCGUUAUUCUAAGAUUAGUUAUUCUGCUCAACGAAAUUUAUACAAGAGUUAAUCCAAUUGUUUUAUAGAAAGAAAGAUAGGUCAAUUCGCCUGAAAAAUUUAUAAUGAAUAAUAAAACAUUGCCUUUUGCCUUUGGAAUGCAAGACGGAAUUACUCAAAAUCAUUAUAUAGAUCCUUCAAUUUAUAACAUAGUUGCUUUCGAACUGACUAAAUUUACAGACGGUAAUUAGGUUUAAUUUAAACGGACCAAUGCAACUGUGUAACAAUGUUCGUCAGAUAAUUUUUAAAACUAGGAUACAAAAAGCGCAUUUUUGAAUAUGCCUUACUAAAAUUUAUACUGUAUUCAUCCUGAGUUUUAAGAAGUAAUUGAAGGUGAUUAUUCUGAGCCAGAUUUUUAGUAUUUUGUAAUUUAAGUUUAUCCUUGCACUGGUUAAGGUUGUGGUAAUACAAAAACUCUUGGUAAAGGUUUUUUUGCUAUUUACUUUUAGGAUGUUAUAAUUAAUCCAGAUAUCAAAGAUGAGCCAUUCAAAUUUUACAAUAGAGAUUUAUAUUGGAUUACUUCAACAUCUUCUCCAAGAGAAAUUACUAUGUAUUUCAGAAAUAACUACAUCGAAAGUGAUUACGGAUGGGUAACCUCAGAUAUUUAAACUGUAAGAUAUAUUAGCUAUAGUAAUCAAGAUGUUUCUUUUACAUAAGAAGUUGAUUACUUUCUUUAGCUUGUAUUAAGAUUUGAAAAAUAAAAAGAAAAUGUUUACUAAAGAAAAUAUAAAAAUCUCACAAACGUAAUAUCUGAAAUAGGAGGAUUUACUCAGUCAAUGCUUGCUAUUGGUUUUAUUAUAUGCACAAAAUUUUCCGAUUUUAUGCUGAAUAAAUCAAUUAUGAAAGAAGCUUUUAAUAUUAAAGAAACUACUAGCGUUGUUAACUAACUUAAUCAAAAAACUCCAACACAAAAAAAUAUCUAACAAAAUCCUAAAAUAUGUACUUAGUUUAAGUAUUAAAAUGACAGUCAAAAAAAUGAUAAUUUAAAACGAUAGAAUAGUGUGAUAGAUGAGAGAGAAAAGAUGAAAAAUUUUUAAAAUAAAAUAAAUAAUAUGGUUUUUUAAAAUAGUCAAAAAAAUACACCUUAGAAUUCACAAACACCUUUUUUAUUUUAGAAAAAUGAUAAUCAGACAAAUAAGCUAAAAAGCUUUGCUCUUUUAAGCUAAGUAUUAAAGAGUAAAUCAAGUAUUAUUGAAGGUUAAUAAAAAAUUUGGAAUUCAAAUAAAAUUUAAAAUAAGGAAUUAUUUCAAGAAAAAAUGGAUAAAUCUUACUAAAAAAAGAAAAAUAACGGAAUAAAUUAAAUUGAUAAUGAAGAGUUUUUGAAAAUUCUAAAUUAGGAAAAUAACAGUAUGGAAUUUAGUAUUCUAGACUAUAUAAAAUACUUCUUUUGGCCGUUUGGUGAGGUUAAAAGAAAGAAGGAAGUUAUAGAUUAUAGUAUUCAAAAGCUAUAUUAUCAUUUAGAUGUAAUCUACAUUGUUAAGAAGCUUUUAGAAGUAGAUAAAUUGAAACAAAUAAUUAUGGAUAAAGAUUAGAUUUAGCUAUUCGAGUAUAUUUCGAAGCCAACAGUUAAUGAAGAUAAUAUUUUUUAGACCUAAAAUGUAGAAAAUUAAUAAAAUUAAUAGCCUGAAAAAUAUAAUAUUCUAUAUUAAGAUCAAAGAUCGGAAAUAUAAAAAAUUUAAGAUGCAUAUCAAUCAUAUCAGAAUAUUAUAAACAGUAAUCACCUCUCAAAUUUGGAUUAAAAAAUUCUUAAUCAUGUGGAUCCACUGUUACUAAAUUUGUUUAAUUAUUAAGAAUAAGAAACUUCUAAUUAAAAUAAACAGAUUGAAAAUUAUUAAGCAGAAACCAUUAAAUAAGACAAGAUUAACUAGUAGUAAAAAUUGAAUGAUGUCUAAAAAUAAUUCAGCUAAAAUAAUACUUUUUCAUAGUAGAAUAACAGCAGCAAAUUUAAUAUUUAAAUUAAUAGUCCGAGCUCUUUAAGUAAUAGUAAUUUCUUUGAGGAAAUAAACGAAGAUGAAUAAAUUCCUAUUGAGGUAAGUAGUAUUAAUAACAAUUAUAAAAAUAAUUAUAAUAUAAAAUAAUAUGAAAUGGCAAUUUGUUAGAGUAGAUUUAAUAUUAAAUAGAAUUCAGUAGAGAAGUAAGCUUGA